GUCAGCUGACUUUGUGUCAGGCUCACAAACUGCAUUUUUUUUUUGGAGUCUAUUGUACUUGUUUGAGACUUACAUCAGUUCGUAAUAGAUGAGAUUUAAAAUUAUUUCGGGAGUAUAAUUGAUGCUCACCAAUUAUCUCAACUGAUCUUGUUUGUUUUUAUUUCUGUGGGAUUUUUCUUCACUCUGGAGUAAUCAUCAGCAGUGAUCUCGCUCUUCCUCGCCUUCUGGCCGCCGUGGCCGUACGGCACGCUCCCGCCCCUUCGUCAGGAGGAGACUGGUGCUGAAGCUGACGAGAACGAGGAUGCGGACGAUGAUGGCGGUGAUGGAGGAGCAGCGCUGAGUUUAGUCGCUGUUUUCUCUCCCCCUCCCCCUUUUUUCCUAUUGACAUUUUUUAUAUAUGUUCAUUUAAAGUAGGGCGUCAUAGAAAGAAAAAAAGAAAAAGAAAGAAAGAAAAAGCGUAAACGCUGUCGAUUUGACCCAGCCUGCCUUCACCUCCCUCCAAUCUCCUGAGCUCGGACAGAGAUGGGGAACGAAGCGAGCAUGGAGGGCGGCGGGGAGCCGGGAGCCGCCGGGAUGAUGGGGUCGGCUAUGCCCGGUGGACCCGGAACAGGACCGGGGCCAGGACAGCAUAUGAAGCCGGUCAACGGGGCAGCUGCCGGGGGAGGAAUGGGAGUCGGAGGCCCUGGCAUGGGGAUGGCAAGAGGUCCAACGGGCCCGAUGGGUAGUCCAAAGCCAGGAAUGCAACAAGGUGGACAUGGCGGAGGAGGGAUGGGUGGAAUGGGAGGAGGAAUGGGAGGGAUGGGAGGAGGAAUGGGAGGGAUGGGUGGAGGAAUGGGUGGAGGAGGAAUGAGUGGGAUGGGAGGAGGAAUGGGAGCAGGCAUGGUGGGAGGAGGUAUGGGGGGAAUGAGCAGUGGUGGAGGAAUAGGGUACAGAGCUGGAGAGCCGUAUCGUCUGGCUGCUCAUGACAGCUCAACCUCCCCUCGACACAUGCAGUCCAGCCAAGGGUCGGGCAUGGGGCAGGUCUCAGGAUCCGGCCAUGGGGUGGGUCACACUGCAACUGGCUCCAGUAUGGCAGGCCACGGUGGCCAAAGUCCCGGUCAGCAUGCCUCCCGCCGAAACCUCCAAGUCGACUUCAGUGGCUCAGGUGGUUCUCGGACGGGCCGGUCUCCUUCUGUGUCUCCUGACCGUGGCGUGACUCCCACAUCGCCCUACUCCGUGCCGCAGAUCGCACCCAUGCCAAGCAGCAAACUGUGCCCAGUGUGCACCACCACAGAGCUGUCCAAUCUACCGGCUGUACCCAACUACAACACCUGCACCCAGUGCAAAGCCACCGUGUGCAAUCAGUGUGGAUUCAACCCCAACCCUCACCUUACUGAGGUCCAGGAAUGGCUAUGUCUGAAUUGUCAGAUGCAGCGAGCUCUUGGCAUUGAUAUGACCACACCUCGCUCAAAGAGCCAACAGCAAAUUCACUCUCCUUCCCACCAAGCCAAGCCCAUCGUCCAGCCACAGCAGCCCGUUCCACAGCCAACACAGCCGGCUGCUGCUGGACAGCCCAAACCUCUGGCACAGAGUCAGUCGACUCAACAGCAACAACAACCUCAUUCCCAGCCUUAUGGCCAAACUAAUCCCUACUCCCAGUCUCAGCCAUAUUCCCAGUCCCAGCCUUAUUCCCAGGCUCAACCGUAUUCCCAGUCCCAGCCGUACUCCCAGUCCCAGACAUAUUCCCAAUCCCAGCCAUAUUCCCAGGCUCAACCGUAUUCCCAGUCCCAGCCAUAUUCUCAGUCCCAACAGUAUCCCCAGUCCCAGCCUCAGUCUUACCCUCCAUCACAACCGGGACCCCAGACGCAGCCUCAGACACAUCCAGGCCUUGGUGGCCCCCAGUCUAAGACAACACCCUCUCAGCAAGGCCUGAGGUCUGACCUGUACUCCCAGAGAGGUGUUGGAGCUCAAGGAGGGGCUGGAGGUCCAACAGGUGGCCCUGGACAACAAGGAAGUCCUCGAAUUCCCCACCCAGGUGCUGUACCUCUGCCUGGGUUGACUAAGGCACCCUCCCAGCCAGAUUUGGGUCGAGGUUCUCCAAUGCAUCAACCUAUGACACGUCACCAAGACCAGACUAGAAGCGCUGGAUCUUCCCCAGCUCACCGACCUCAGAGUCAGGCCCCUGCCCAGGAUGGUCUGACCAAACUGUUUGGCUUUGGGGCAUCGCUGCUCAAUCAGGCUAGUACCCUGAUCAACGUUGAUCCUCUAUCCACAGCCUCAACACAACCAAGCCCUGCGCGAGGUAAGGUGGUGUUCAGCAAUGCAACUCCCAAUAACAGACAACAAGGGACCAGCAGCACUAAGCCUUUCAGCAUGGGGGGUCCUCAAGCUCCAAGCCAAAUUGGAGGUCCACAGGCAACAAGUCAAGGGGGAGGUUUGAGUGGACCAAGCCAAAUGGGAGGACCAUAUCCACCAACCCAGAUGGGGGGACCUCAAGCACCAAGUCAAACGGGCGGUCCUCAUGCCCCCGCUCCAAAAGGAGGCACCAUUGGUGGACCUCAAGGGCCAACCCAAAAGCAACAGCAGCAGGCUGGACUCCAAAAACAACAAACGCCGCCACAGCAGCCACUUACUCAGCGUCAAAAAGAGCAGCAAGGACAGCAGAUGCCUGCUCCCCAGCAGAAAGUGUUGCAGAAACAGGAACCGGUGUCAGCGCCCAUGACUGCUCCAGAGGCCGAGAAGCCCAAGGUGAACUGUCCUCUCUGUAAAACAGAGCUGAACAUCGGCAGCACCGACACACCCAACUACAACACCUGUACGCAAUGUCAAAGCCAAGUGUGCAACCUGUGUGGCUUCAACCCAACACCGCAUCUAGUAGAGAAAAAAGAGUGGUUAUGUCUUAACUGCCAGACCCAGCGGCUGUUGUCUGGAGGCGCCCUUGACGAGCCUCCUCUUCCUGUUCCGCAUCCCUCCCCGAAGCACCAACCAAUGGGCUCACCUCGUCACCAGACGCCGACCAGUCAGCAAAGCCCUCUCCACAAGCCAACCACUCAGCAAAGCCCUCUCCACCAGCCAACCACUCAGCAGGGACCCAAACCGGUCCAACCCCAGGGACAAAAAUCCCAGAUGGGAACAGGUGUCGAUGGGCCUACUGGCCCCACGCCUGCCAAACAGCCCACCGAUGCUAAGACUACAACGCCAGCCACAGCACCAGUGCCAACCACCGAGGCCCAGAAACCCACGAAACCAACAGAGGAGAAACCCAAGACGGAGCCUGAGAACCAAACUGCCAAAGAGACCAAACCUUCACAGAAGAAAGGGGAACAGAUCACUCCAGUAAAGGAAAUUAAAAAGUCAAGGCACUAUGAUGACACAAAAAACAACAGCACCCAUGACUUGUCACGCAGCCCUCAGAGUCUUAGUGACACUGGCUACUCCUCUGAUGGGAUCUCCAGCUCACACAGUGAAAUUACAGGUCUAAUCCAAGAGGAGGAAAUGAAGCUGAGUGAGAGGGGAAUCAGUGGGCGGGGCUCACCUCCAAGCCCCUCUGAAAUCGUCAAGCUAGAGAGCUCGAUGAGGCCACUACUGGAGAAAAGCCUCUCUGAGGAAAAGCCAGACAGAAGGGGAAGAAAGCACAGGGACAGAGACUUGGAUGACAGAGGAAAGCAUCGGCCGCGUUCCCUUUCAAUUCCUCCAGAUGCAUAUGAUUCUGAUGAGGAAUUAGAGGAUAUACUGGAGGAAGAGGAAGAUGGCGGAGACUGGGAGAGUAAACGGAAAGAAGGAAAGGAAGAGAGAAAAGAAAAGAAGAAGAAGGAAAAAGAAAAAGAGGCUGAUCCAACAGAGAUGACUGAUGAGGAGUUCAUGAGGAGACAAAUAAUGGAGAUGAGUGCUGAUGAGGACAAUGAGGAGGAGGAAGACGAAAUGGAGGAAGACGAAGAUGAGGAAGAUGAAGGUUAUGGCUACCAGAAACCGAAAAAAAGCCACCAUAAGCACACCAUUUCUGACUCAGGGAAAGAAAAGAGACGGCUUCAGCACCAUUCGAGUAGUUUUGAGGAAGAAACCAAGACCUCUGCCGAUGUCUAUAAGGGUUCUGUGGAGGAGGGAGAGGAAGAUGUGAUGGCGUCCCAAGGGGGGCUGAGGCGCUUUAAAACCAUUGAACUCAACAACACCAACAGCUACAGCCGCGAUAUGGAGUUGAGCAAUGAAAAUGAUCUAAACCUGGAUCGGGAGCCAGAGCUGGAGAUGGAGAGCUUAACCGGAUCUCCAGAGGAGCGUAGUAGGGGGGACUAUUCUUCAACUUUGCCUCCAACUUCAUCUUCAUAUGGUUCAGGACAGUCUCCAACAUCCAUCUCAUCAAUGGAGGAAGACAGUGACAGUAGCCCAAGCAGGAGGCAAAGACUGGAGGAGGCCAAGCAGCAGAGAAAAGCACGCCACCGGUCUCAUGGCCCCCUGCUUCCGACCAUUGAAGACUCCUCAGAAGAGGAUGAACUCAGAGAGGAAGAGGAACUUCUGAGAGAGCAGGAGAAGAUGAGAGAGGUAGAACAGCAGAGAAUAAGAAGCACAGCGAGAAAAAACAAAAGGGAUAAGGAGGAGCUGAGGGCCCAAAGACGCAGAGAAAGAUCCAAAACACCACCUAGUAAUUUGUCACCAAUUGAAGAUGCUUCCCCUACAGAGGAACUAAGACAAGCAGCAGAGAUGGAAGAGCUUCAUCGCUCCUCUGCUUCUGAAUAUUCCCCCCAAAGUCUGGACUCUGAGGCUGAGGGGUACGAGUCCAAAAUCUACAAGUCGGGCAGUGAAUACAAUCUGCCUACCUUUAUGUCUCUCUAUUCACCUAUAGAAAAAUCUUCCUCAACUACAACAACCACUGCACCAUCAUCGACCUCCAAACCUCUGAAGAGUGCUGAGGAAGUUUACGAGGAAAUGAUGAGAAAAGCAGAAAUGCUGCAAGAACAAGAAAAGCUACAGCAGCAACAACAACGACAUGGGCAGUAUUAUGAGGAGGACAUUAAUGGACAAAACUAUGACGACGACUAUGACUAUGAACAAGAUCAAACGGGAUAUGACAAUGAAGCAGCAGAAAUAGAAAAUGACAUUUACGAGGAAAUCCGACAAACAUCUCAGAACAUCACUAAGAUGCAACAGGCCACAAAUGAGCAAGUUGAGAUUGAAAUUGAGAGUUCUUUUGCAGAUAAGCAGCUACUGGACACAGGCUCAGCCUUUGCCAAACUACUAGAGCAAAGCAAUGCUCUGUUAACUCCUGGAACAAGUCCUACCCAGGUUUCAGCUCCUGUCUCCUUUGCUGAGAGUGGAGGUCGGAUACCAGACGUGAGAGUAAGCCAGCACUUCACCGCAAAGGAUGGGCACAAAGAUAGAAUUAAAAGCCAAGCAGGAAAGAAUGGCAUAACUCCAGCAGUGGCUGCUACCACCAUUGCAGCUUAUGGGGUUUAUGCCAGAGAUGCAGUAACAAUUUCCCAUACAGGAUCAAGCCACACAGUGACAUCAACCCAAUCUGAUAUCUCACGCAGACACACAGGGAGUCUUGCCACAUCCUCAGCUACAGUCUCAAGUGUAUGUAGCAAGAUCGCAGAAAUUACCCAGGCCUAUAGUCAAAGAGAAGUAAUCACCAGAAGGAUUGGGGACACAAGAGGUGUUCAAGUGCGAGACAGCUCGACAUCAUCUGGUGAGAGGAUUAUUGAACCACGCUCUCCUAAGUAUACUACCUAUUACAGGAGCACGAGUCCUCCUCUCUCUCCAUCACCACCACCACCACAAAGUCCUACUCGCUCUCCUUCCCGAAGGUCUACUGCUGAGUUCUCCACACAGACCUUCAGCUCAGCACUGCGAAUGGAGCCAGCUGGCUCUGGGCCCACAUCACCUGUGAUGGCUCAGGGAACCCAAACAGCACAUAGAUCAAUUUCCCCAAGGCUAUAUCGACAACAGUCUUCCCAGGAGGCUCCAUAUUCCCCACCUCCAGGUCCAACUAGGCCAAUGACAGUGAACACUGCAACUUCUCCAUUAUCCUCACCCACUCGAUUUAGCCGUCAGUCAACAUUUGAUAGCUACUCUCCAUGUUGCAGCCCCCCAGACACACCACCUUAUCAUCAGUCACCUACACACAGCUUCUAUAGAGCACAAAGAGUGGAGAAGGUGAAUGUAGGGACAAGCAUGGUCACUACAGCUAGCUUAUACACCAGAGGGUCUGUGUCCAUGGAUAAUAUCUCCCUCUGCCGAAUAUCUACAGUCCCAGGCACCUCAAGGGUUGAGCAGGGCCAUAUGAUCCAAUGUGGUAGUGUUGUAGAUCUAAGAACUGCAACCCACUCAGCUCCCAUUAUUAUGACUGAUCAGGGAAUGGACCUUACUUCCUUAGCUACAGAAAGCAGGAAAUACCACGGUGAACCAGAAGGUUCCAGGCAUUCAACAAUCAUACAACCACUGAUUAUGAAUUUGAACACACAAGAGACCACCACACCUACCACAGUGAGUGUCACUGUGGCUGCUUCUAUGUUUAUGACCCAACUAAAGCAACCAGUGGUUUAUGGUGACCCCCAUCAAAACCGAAUAGAUCUAGGUCAGGGCAUGGGCUCAGCGGUGUGUCUUUCUCAGAACAAAUCACCAAUUUCUCCUCCAACUGACCCUUCCAUUCCAAAAAUUGAUGCAAAAUUGGAAGACCUCAGCAUACAACAAAGAGAAUUACAAAAACAACAAGAGAAGCUACAGAAACAACAAGAGCUCCUUGAACAACAGCUUCAACAGCACCAUCAGUUGCAACAGCACCAACUACAGGCAUCUGUUCUAGCCAAGUAUAACCUUACAGGCCAGGUCUCACCUUUGGCUAAAAAAAAUUUAUUAGUCAGCCAGACUAGUACUGCAUCUACAGUGGUCAGUGCUGUUUCACCAGUCAUUAAUCCUGAGCUUUACAGCACUGGUCCUGUUGAGCUGAAAGGGAAGCCCAGCCCACCUGGUUUGAUGCAGGGAGGUAAAUCACCACAUAGUAUGGUUGUACAAAUGGAUGGAGGGCCCGAGCCAGUAAGGGCAUUGACUCAACUUGUGAAGGUAGAAGAAGGACAGGAUGCAGUGGAUUUGACAGGAGGCCAAAUAAAACCUGACCAACCAGCUUGUUGUGAUGUAGUUUACAGACUGCCAUUUGGUGGAAGUUGUGUUGGUGUCUCUGAGAAAGAGGGCAUAAGGCCACCAUCUGCCCCACCUAUCACAGAUGAGUCAGAUCAAGAAAGACAACCUGGAAGGUACCAUGAGUAUCCAAUGGAUGCACGUAAGGCUUACACAUUACCUUUUCCUGGUAGGCUUCAGCCUUCAAUGUCUGAUACGAACCUUGCUGAUGCCGGCUUACAGUCAUACCUCUCUAAAUAUGAGCCACACCUCCAACAAUCUGGUGAACUUGUCAUGGACUUAACCGCUAUGAAACAGAGCUAUGGAGGAUAUAUGGGCAUGCAGUAUGGUUCCUACACAGAUUUACGUCAUGGAGGAGACAUUUCAGCACAAACGUUGCCGAUAAGACGAUAUAAUUCCUUGUCUAACAUCAGUUCAGAUUAUGGUUAUUCUGCUCGUGAUAUUGCAAGCUUCCAAGAAGCUAACUUGGCUCAGUACAGUGCUACAACUGCAAGGGAGAUAAGUCGAAUGUGCGCCGCACUUAAUUCUAUGGACCGAUAUGGAAGCAACCCAGACUUGCUGCAGUAUGGCAGCUUAGGCAGAGGUACAGGACCAGGUGCCUCCAGACUUGCAGCAGGAAUUGGCAUGAGGCAAAGUCUGAUCUUUGGAUUAGAUGGAAAGCCAAUGUCUCAAAAUCAAGCUCUGACGAAUCUUAUCAAUGCCAGGCAGGCUAGUCUGAGGGCCAUGUACCCUGCUGCUAUUAGGUCAUCUGACGGAAUGAUUUAUUCCACCAUUCAGACCCCAAUAGCUUCAACCCUCCCCAUCACCACUCAACCUGCAUCUGUACUUCGACCUCUUCUGAGGGGGGUCUAUAGGCCAUAUGCUUCUCCCAACAUGACACCAGUGCCUCUGGCCAGUCUCACCAGAUUACCCAUAAGCCCAAGAAUGCCCUUAACUGGACAAGUGCCACUUCGUUAUCCAGCACCAGGUCUGCUUCAGACAACUUCAGCCACUGCUUCUACCACUGUUGCUGCAUCAACUUCAGCACCAGGAGCAGCCCUUGUGCCCAUGUCUUUGACAACCACAAGCUCAACAGCCCAGGAGGAACCUGUUUACCUUGGUAAAGGUGCCAAAGUGACAUCAGCAGAGGUCACUUCAGCACAAGGAGCGCUUGUCACUUUGACCAAACCACAGCAGCAACCAAUCAACCUUUCCCAGACACAUCUGAACACCCAACAACAGAAACAAGUGACAACGGCUCAGCAGCCACAGCCUCCUCCUGCAGCUCACGUAUACCCACCCUCAAGUCCAGCAAUAACCCAAGGCUACACCCAACCUGCUGCAGGCCCAUCACCUAUUCCAUGUGGUCUUCCUCCUUUCCCUCCACCAGGUGCAAUCCAUAAAGAGGGUGAAACUGAGGCAGAGAGGCUUCACCGACAGCAGGAGCAGCUCCUACAGAUGGAGAGGGAGCGUGUAGAGUUAGAGAAACUUCGUCAGCUGCGACUGCAAGAAGAGCUUGAACAUGAAAGAAUGGAGCUGAAGUUGUACAGGGAAAAGGAGCAAAUUCUGGUGCAGAGGGAGUUACAAGAGCUGCAGAACAUCAAGGAACAGGUAUUACAGCAGCAGCAGCAAGAGCGCGAGAAACAACUCGUUCUCCAACGAGAACAAUUGGCCCAGCAGAAAUCCCAGCUCGACCAGAUACAGUCUUUGCAGCACCAGCUCCAGCAACAGCUACAAGAGCAGAAGCGGCUGAAAACUGCUGCUCAGACCAUGCAGCUGGAUAUGACCGGACAGCCACUGCAUCCCUACAUAGACUCUCAGAUGAGUUCGCGCUCUCUCCCUAACUCUUCCUCAGAGAUUUGUUUGAGGAAUCAGGAUGAACAAUUGGAAGCCAGAGCUGGUAUGAGGAAACAUAGCUCCAUGAGCAGGCUGACCCGAGACACCUCUGAUGGAGAUGGUGUGAUUUUCUAUGGCUCCCCUCGCAGAAUUGUGGAUAGUUGUGUACAGACUGAUGACGAAGAUGGAGAAGAGAGGUACAUGAUGCGUCAUCGUACCAGGCGGCGUGGUCGGAGCGUUGACUGCUCCGUCCAGACAGAUGAUGAUGAGGAUUAUCCUCAGGCUGAGCAUCCAGUUCGCCGUAGACGCUCCCGGUUUUCCCGCCACGCUGAGUCCAUGGCAGCUGGCACCAGCACUGCCUCGACAACCACCUCAACUACAGACACCAAAGCUGACACAUCCAAGAUAGUUUCCUCCAGCAUCGCGGUCCAGACCAUCAGGGAGGUGUCCUGUCAGACAGAAGCUGAGCACCUAGGAAGAGUCUCCCCGGCAAUCCAUGUGACAUUACCAGACCCUAAUAAAGUAGAGAUUGUACACUACAUUUCUGGACCAGAGCGAACACAAAAAGGACAAUCUCUCGCCUGCCAGACUGACUCAGAAGGGCAGUCGCAGGGCGUCGUAGCUCCACAGCUAACCGUGCCAACUACCGUCAGUCCAUAUUCUUCCUCUACCGUUACCGGAACAGGGCCAUCCAGUUCGGCUGACCUUCACAUCCAACAGCGCCAACAGCAACAUGUUGCAGCAAAUGCAGCAAAAUUUGAGCGACGUCGUCCUGACCCAUUAGAUAUUAACUACCAGCCUCACAACCACCUUCACAAUGAGUCCAUCUCCAGCCUCAUCCGGCAGCAACAAACAGUACCAAAAUCUCCACAGGUCCUCUACUCUCCUGUGUCGCCAGUGUCCACACACCGCCUGCUGGAGACCUCCCUGUCAAGCGAGAGACUGAACAAGGCCCACGUCACACCUCAGCAGAAGUCUUACACAGCCGAAUCCCCCCAGCGACACCCGUCUGUGCCCCGACCCAUCAAGAGCACCCAUAGGUCCAUGUCAGACCCCAAGUCCCUCAGCCCAACCACAGAUGAGCACACCAAGGCCAGGCUGUCCCUGUAUCAACAACAAGCACUCCAGAGCCAGCUGGCAGCCUUACAGCAAAGCUCUUUGCUUCGGAAGGUUAAGCGAACCCUGCCCAGCCCUCCUCCAGACGAGACUGCUACAUCAGCUCACUUGACCAUGAUGACACCUGCCCAACAACAGAUCUACUUGUCCUCUGUGCCCAGCCUCAAGCCCAGCUCAAGGUCUGGCCUGGCUGCUAAAGCCAGCCUCCUCAAAGAUCUCACCCAUGAGCUGAAGGCCGUGGAGCAAGAGUCUACCAAGCUUAGAAAGCAACAAGCAGAGCUGGAGGAGGAAGAGAAAGAAAUUGAUGCUAAGCUGAGAUACCUGGAACUGGGAAUUCAUCAGAGGAAAGAGACUUUGGUAAAGGAGAGGGAAAGAAGGGACAUUGCGUACCUAAGAUGUAUGGGGGACACCAGAGACUAUAUGUCUGACAGUGAGUUGAAUAACUUGCGUUUAGCAGCUGCUGCUGCAUCACAUGAGACAAAUGGGCUACUAACAACCAGACCAAGCACUGCUCCACUUAGCCAUUUUACCAGUGACCUCAACACCGCAGCCCAGUACCCACCAACCUCAUCCUUCCUCUCUUGUCAAUAUCCCCAGAGCCAACCACCAGCACCAUCUCAGCAAUCAAGUGUGCCAUACCAGUCAUCCACAUUCAACCAGCCUCCUUACCCAACAGUGUCGCAGUCACAGGCACUGCCACAACCCAUGACCCUUCAGAGUCAUCCCCCUCCUCCUGGACCUACCUUUCAACCUCAAACAUCCUAUCCUUCCCACACCUAUCCACAAGCUCAGCCCCCUUAUCCCCAAACUGAUACGGGGUUACCAUCUGCACCUCAACCUCAGCCUCCAGCAGGGCCUACAGGUUUUGGACCUGCACCACCUGGUCAGCCACCAUACCCCACCCACAGCUCACCUUAUCCCAGCGCUGUGUCCCCCUACCCCACCCAGACGACUCCAUAUCCUGGGCAGCCCCAAGCUGAUAUUCUUACAGUUCACCCUGGAAGACCCAGACAGACAUCACUUGCUGAACUUGAACAUAAGAUGCCAACCAACUAUGAGACUAUCAGCAACCCGACAGUUGUGGUCAUGACCACAGCCCAAGAUGCUACCUUUUCCAGUGCAGCCCCAGCCUAUGGUCCGUACACGGGAACAACAACAAUGGCAAGCUCCUAUGGGCCGUAUGGAUCUGCACCUGUUUCCAGCAGUUAUGGUGGUUACUCCACAGAGCCUCCAAGCACUUAUGGUCCAUACACAUCAACCCCAGCUAGCUCAUAUGGCCAGUACACAACAACUACUGCUAAUACAUAUGGCUACACCACCACCACAGCCAGUUCUUAUGGACAGUACACUUCAACAGUUUCCAAUGUCUAUGGACACCCUGUAGACAGUCCUUCCACCUACGGCUCAGCAGAAGGAAUGUAUGGGGCUCCUGGUUUAGAGCAAAACAUUCCAAGGAACUACAUGAUGAUCGAUGAUGUGAGCGAGCUGACGGCAAAGGACGGGCUGGGCACGACAGCAGGGGACAUGAUGCAUCAUGGCAGUAGCGGGCGUUACCCUGGCGACAUCCAUGGCCAUGGCAGCACAUCUGGCAGCACGGCGCGUGGGGGAACUGGCAGCUCCCCCUACGGCAGGGCACCUGAGGAGGAAGCAGCGAUGCAGGAUGAGCUGUACGACCACCACGGCAGGGGUAAGAGCAGCUACAGGCACGGACCUCUAGGGGGCAGCAGCAGCAGCGUGAGCGCUAGCAUGGGUGGGGGAUCCCCCUAUUUCUAUGACUACGACUACAAACUUGCCAGCAUCCGCUCCGGGGUACAGAAACCGUUGGCGUCCUCCAGAAGCCUUCUGGCCCCCGCUGUCAUGUCCUCCAAGCGCAGCAAGCACAGGAAGCUGGGGACUAUGGAGCAGAAAAUUUCAAAGUUUUCCCCAAUAGAGGAGGCUCGAGAUGUCGAGGCAGAUUUGGUGUCCUAUUCUACAGGUGAGGCUUACCCCUCACCUCACAUUCGAGGGCGCCAGCUGAUCGAGGAUUAUGGCUUCAAGAGGAGUGCCUUUGAUGCCACCAGUGGCACAACUCAUGGAAGUCGAUACUACGGUAUGAUGGUGGAUGAGGACGAUCGGAUUUACUACACCUCAACUGGCCGCUCACGUUCCCAUGGCUACGGCAUGGACAAGAUCUCAGCCAGAGAUUACCAUAGGCCUAGCUAUCGAAGCAGAUCCUAUGAGAGAGACGACCGCUCCUACCGUUCUGGCUACAGAGGACGCCAUCCAACUCGGCAAUACUCUGAGGAGGAGAGCCCACUCAGCCCUUUGGGGAAAUUCAUGGGUUCUGGGAGAUCUUCGAGCUUAGGUCGUGACCCAUAUGACAGCCGCAGCAGUAGAUAUUAUUACUAUUAUGGCAAUUGUGGUUCCAGUCACUCGCUGCCAGAUGUUCAAGACCAUAUACGGGACCUUCCCCGGACACAUGUCUACAAAUCGGAUGAUACAUACAUUAUUGAUGAUUAUCAUUGUGCUGUGUCAGACAGUGAAGCCUACCAUCUGGGCCAGGAAGAAACUGACUGGUUUGAGAAACCUCGCUCCAGUUCUCGACACUAUGGCAGCAGCAACUCUGGAAGAAGUCGGCAUGGUGUCAAGCACACCUAUCAUGAUUAUGAUGAACCUCCUGAGGAGGACCUGUGGCCGCAAGAUGAGUACAGCCAUGGCGGGCGGCAUUCAUCAUCACGUGACCACAGGCACCAUGGCACUGCUAGUCGGCACUCUUCCUCGCGUCACUCAGAUGAGCCGAGAUCCUCGAGGUCAUCUAAGGGGCAUCCCAAAGACCCGUCUAUGCGCCAUGACCCCUCAGGACGUUCUUCAUCUUCAGGAAGGCGUGGUGAGUCCAGGUCUGGAGGGUAUCACUCUUCCGACUACUCCCGGGAUCCAUCUGGACAUCAUCACGGCCAAAGAUCUUCCAGGCAGGGAGAUCCACACAGAUCAUCACGCAGCAAGUCCCAGGGCCAAGUAGACAUGCAAGGCCAACCACCAGGCUCAUCCAGGUCCGGCAGCAGUACUGGGCGAGCUCAGGGCUCUGCUGGUGGGCCUCCAGGAUCGGGGCGACUAGGCGGUCCCGGUUCACAGGCGGAUGGGACCCAAGGACAGAGGACUCAGCUCCAACAGCAGGCCCAGACAGCUGCAGCCAGACCAGGACAGCCUGGCACAACAUCGACCACAGGCCUUCAGCAGCAGCCACCAGCCCAAGGUCAAGGCAUGGGCAUGGGGAUGGGCAUGGGCAUGGGCAUGGGUCAGGCCCAGGCCAAACCAGGGCAAAUGGGACCAGCAGGCGGGCCGAUGGGGCAGGCUCGACCAGCUGGUGCAGCAGGAACCACACCGCCCACCAUGACAAAGAUCGACACACCUCCUGUAACGGCAAUUGGGGCGAAAGCGGCACCUGUCAUGGCCUCGAAGGCAGGCCAGCCCCCGCUUACAGGAAUAGGCUCCAAGGCAGCUCCGAGACCCGGCGGCAUCGGCAGUGCGGCGGCAGGUCAGCCUGGCAUGGAGGGAGAUGGAAUGUUUUCCAAGAUUCUUCCUGGAGGCGCUGCUGAGCAGGCCGGCAAACUGGGAGAAGCUAUCUCUGGCUUUGGCAAGAAAUUCACCUCCCUCUUCUGAGGUGACCCAAAUAAGGAUUAUGAAAAAUGUCAUAAAUGACGUCAUGAGACCUCAUACGAGAAAAACCUGUGAAGUUCCCCCUGCUUUCGUUUUCCUGAAAAAAAGAGAAACGAAGGAGAGAGAGAGGAUGACGGCUGAGAGGAGAGCGGAGCGUUCUGCCAAAGCAGACUUGGAUCCUUUGGAUGCUUCAUGUCUCAGAUCUGAGCAUACAGAGGCAGAGAGAACACUCUGAUCUCUCUGACAGGCCAGACAAUCGCUCCAAGCCCGAGCCAACAUCCAGCUUCAGAAGGAUUCCCAUUGUUAUGCAGCUUCUCUCUGAAAACCUGCAGAAGCUGCAAACAUCUACAUCCCUACAUGAAAACAGAGCAGCUGAGGGCUGAAAGUGACAGCAGAAGAAACAGCUGUGCGACCGUGAUCACCCUCCCUCCCAGCAGGGGGAGCCGUGUUCAUACAGAGGUCCCUCACAGCCCGACACGUGGAUUUAAAACAUCGUGGUGCGGAGAACGACUGACGACCGCAUUUAUCCACGAGAGCUGCUUUCAUCCUAACUUCCUGUAGAAGGUGGUAGCUUGGUUUUCCAGUCCUGUGCUCAAUCUUGGAGGAAUAUAAGUCACCUCUCCUCUUUUCUAUCUUUUUCCGAAGUAAACAAUGAGCAAAAAAAAAAAAAAAAAGAAAAGUGAAAACUCACAGAGGCAUCACAGGUUUUUCUUGUACGAAAGUCGUCUCGUUAGACCACCGAACACCGACGAGGAAAUCAUCGAAACGUCUCUAUGAAUGAAGCAGACGACGAAGAAGAAGCGGCGGCCGACACAGCCCAAGCAUGUCGCCGUUUAUUUUUUAUUUUUUUCACCGUCUAUCGACAUUCCAGCUGGGGAACUGUGCUCUUCUUCUUCACUUCUCUUGCGUUUCUUGAAUGCUAGCUCUUCUUUCUUUCCACACCCCACUGCAACAAUUCACAACUCGCCAUGUCUUUAAACAAGAGUAGUGUGGAUUUGAACUAGCUGAAAACAUGGGAAUGCAUGGAACUUUAUAACCAAGACCUUACACUGUUUCAUCAUUAUGUAACUGAGGCCAUAAAGACAUCUGAGCUUAAAGGCGUAAAUAAUAGCAAAGAAAGGUUAAUUAAGCAACACACAAGGAUCUGGCCAUGGGAAUAAGAAGAGCGUUUUGUUUAUUUUUCUUUUUUUAUUGUUUUUUUUAAUGUUGUUUUUAAUAAGAAAGCUGUGUGACUAAGUGAGGCAAAUGAAGCAGUGGGGUUCUUUCUAGCCAAUUUAAAGCCAUUAAGACAAUAUGUACUAUCAGUUUAUGUGGCAAAUCUCUAAAAUGCUCCACAAUUUUUCUUUUAGUUAAUAUGCAUUUGUGUGGUUUUUUUUUUAUUUAUUUUUUUUAUUAUUCUUUUGUGUAAGUUGCCUGGUUUUUUAUGUUGCAGUUGACCAAUAUCGCCUUAAUUAUUUCAAAUGUUUCAUUUUAAAUCAGAUGCGGCGUAUUUUUAUGUCGUUUGGUAAGCUGGAACCACAGCCACAGAGAGGUUCAUUUCUAUUUUUUUACCUUAACAUUGUUUUUCUUUUUAUAUAUAUAUUUUCUUGUGAUAUGAUUUUAUUUAUUUUCUAGCAUUUUGUUAAAUUGAACUAGGCUCCCCUGCCCUUGACAAUUUUCAGACUCUUUGUUCCUAUUAAUAAUUAUGAAAGCAAUAGAGCAAGAGGUAAGAAAGUGAAUAGCACAAUUUUGUGUCCUUUUGCAAAAAUGUGUUGCCUUCGUUUGUGUGGUUUACCGCCAAAGCUCGGCUUUAGUGUGACUCAAACGCACCACUUGUUGUACUGCUGCUGUAUGAACUGAGCAGAGACGCGGGAGUCCGGACUGUCGAUUCGGACCGACGUGCUGCUUUUCUUCAGCUGGAGUCUGAUCUGAGAGCACUGACGGGCAGCAGAGAGGCACAGAAAAGCAGCAGAACUGGACCAUUCACCACUCUUCAGUGAGGGAAGCAGGAGGGAGUGUUUGUCUUUGGUUUUUUGGUUUUUUAUUAUUGGGAUUCUUCUGAUCAUCUGAGAUGGACUCCUUAUACAGCUGUGUCCGCAUGUGUCUUCACUCUGUCAAAUGUGAACCUGAAAGCACACUUGGAGUGGUGUCAGUGAUCUUACUAAAAAAAAUAACUUGCUGUCAUGUGACUGAGGAACCAAAAAUAACACACUCGGUUGUGUCACCAAGUCACUCGCCUUUUAAAAAAAAACAACAACAAAAAAAAAUGGCCUAUUUUCUAUCGCGGUGGAGUUCAGACCUCUGACCCAACACCCCUUCUCCAAGACAACAGAAACAAAUCUUUUCUCUCAGACUGUCAGUCACCUUGGAAAUAUUCUCAGGUCAGUAUUCGCUCUGCUGUUGCUCCUGCAGUGCAUUGUGGGGAAUCUGCGGUCCGGCCCUCGUGACACGCCCCAACUGGGCGAGGCCUCCUACUCCUCCUCCCCUUCCUUCUCCAAAUCAACCAACUUCUGCUGUAUAUCGUCUUUGUGAACGCUCGCUGGGAACCUUCGCAUGCUGCCCGGCGCAGAGGAAAACCUCAAAGUCACCUCUAUAUUGUUCUGUUCCUGAUGUUCGUACGUAUGCGUGUAUGUAUGUGCGUGUUCGGGGUUCAGUAUGCGAGUAUUUAAAGAAAAAAAACAAACAUCAUCAUCUAAUGUGGGGAAGAAAACAAAAUGGACGCGAGUUCAACCACGACGCGCAUCGCAGGCAAAGGAGGGAAAGUCGUUCUAUGCAAUGAAUCCUGUUUGAGAAAAACCUGAGGAGCCGAAGUCAUGUAAGGAACAACGUAGAAGGAAGUCACAGUCAUUGCUGAUCACUCCUCAGUUAGAAACCACGUCUGCUUUGUUUUGUUUACGUGAAAUUUUGUAAUAAAAAAACACGUCGCUUCUCCUUUGAUAUGGGGAGCUGAAGACAUGUUCACAACAACUGGGAAAUUUCACUUGUAACAUGGCCAGGCUCACAAAACCUUUUGGGCAGCAGUGAAAUUCGUAAAAGUAUUUAAGCAGUCAUUGAUCUGAAACACUGUCUAGUACUCAAGAGUGAAAUAUCCAAGUUGUCAUGAAUACGUCUUUUCCAGUAAUAACUUUGAUGAUUAGUUUAGCAGAACUGAACUGGCUUCACAGAAAAGCUUUCUAAAGAUUUAUAUACUUAACUAUAUCAUAGGUGUUGUGCUGCUCAGGGCUUCCCUCAUUUUUGAAGGCCAGAAACAGAAUUUGCUAUAAUAAUGUCAUUGUGCAGACGAUGCUUCUCCAGAGAACGUUUUGCGCUGAUCUUAAAAGAAAAAUCUAAUUUAGGCGUUUAAAAAAAAUAAACCACACAAAUAAAUAUAAAUCUGUAGAUUAGUUUUAAAUUAAGUACUGUAAACUGCUACUGAAGCAAAAGUGCCCUGUAAGAUGUAUCCUUCUAUGGUGCUGUGACGCACUAUUCAGAGCAUUCCUGAUGUGAUUAUUUUUGGGUAAUAGUGAAUUUGGAGGCAGGUGUCAUUGAGGAAUGUACACUGGAAAGUAAAUGUACAGAAGCCAAAAUCAUCUGUUAGCUUUUUGGUAGCAGCACACUAAGGGAAUGUGGCUAAAAAUUAAGGUAAUCAAAUUUUAAAAAAUUAUGUCAUUUAAGGGGAUGUCAUGUUAAAUUGGAUUGUGAUAGAGGCAUUUUAAAUUAUCCAUUUUGAAGUCUGUGACUAAAUUCCCAACACCUGAUGGUGUUUCUUGUAUUUGCAGUUUUCAUGCUAGCCACACACCCAGCAACUGCAUGCGCAAUUUGAACAUAACAUUUUGUCAAGAAUUACAAUUUUAGGUAGGCAUAGUUCCAAAUUAUUAUUAUUUUUUUUGACCUAAGAAAUGUUAACGUUUUCCAUCCUUAAGAAGUACAUUUACACCACAGUAAAACAAAAACAAAAAAGAAACAGUCCAUUUCAGGUGCAGCAGCUAGUUGUAGCUAGCUGUGUUAGGCGGGAGAGCUGUGUAGCUGAAACACCACAGAUUAAAUUUUAAGAUGUUCAAAGCUAAUUUUAUUAAGGGGUAGUAUAUAUUUCUCUGUAAGCCUCAUUCACAUUAACUCCAAUCACUUUGAAAUACAUGCUAGCUGAGCUAUUAACAUGUCACUUGCUAGCGUUAGCCUGGCACGUCACCAAACUACUCCCUACCAAAACAACAUCAGGAACAACACAAGAGUUUACUGAAGAUGGUAGCUGUAUGUGUUGAGUCAGAUACAACUUUAUAAACAAAUGAUAAAGCCAUGUGCAUUUUAGGUGCGUUAUCAGAAGAAUUAUGGUCACUUUCCGAAUCCAGUUUACCCUUUGGUGGAGAAGCAUAUUGAUUCUGACCUGAGGAAACUCCCAUUGGGACAAAUAAGCAAGAAAAACCUAAGUAUCCAGAAUGCUGCUGGUUAGAUUAUGUAGAUUAUGUUUCUUUUACUGCAUAUACAUUCCAUAGAUUUUAAUAAAAUAGUGUAUAGGGAACAAAAACCCCUGACUGAGACCUCAAUUAUAUAUAUAAAAAACGACCCCUCCAAACCUUUUUAGAACUCUUUUUUUUUUUCACAAAUCACUUAACCAUGUAAAAAUAGUCUAUAUAUUUUUUUGAAAUAUUAAAAAUAUAAUUUAUUCUAUGUAAAAACUUAUUUUAUCAAAUAGAGAGGAGAUAUUAUGAUAACUGGAAUAAAGGCUAAAAUAGGUCUAGACACAAAAACGCUAUAUGACGAAAGAAUAUCUUAUAUAAAGAUCGAUCUAUUGCUGAUGUUAUUGCACAACAAAUAUAAUCAGAUUGUCAAACCAUAAAUAGAAAUUCUGCCUAAACAGAGUUUAUUUUAUUUAAUAAAUGAUAUAGUGGCAAAGGUAUUUUACCUUUGUUCCAAAAACGUAAACAGCAACACUCCAUGCCUUUCAUUGACCCCCAAUAAGUUGGAUGCACAUGAUCCAAACAGAGUUUAUUUUACAGAUGCACUCCCUCUAGAUCAGUGUCUUAAACAAAAUGAACGAAAACAUUAAAAGUAGAACAAAUGAUGCGUACGAAAGUUUAGAUUUACCCAAUUUAACACCAACUUCCUUUAUUUUGUGUCUUAUGUUUUUGGAACCAUAUAUAUAUAUAAAAAUGAAAACUAAAUAAAAUGAUCCUCAAUCACUUCUGCCUCAGGAAAGCACACACGCAUAAUGCGGCCUUGCAACGGAAGACAUUCAGACGACGCUAGAAGACCGUGAGUGUGUUCAUGCAGGUGCAGGAAGUCAGUGUGCCUGUGUGUGUGCGUGUGUGUGUGUGUGUGUGAAUGACACAGCCACUAGCACACGAUUAGUAAGAACUGUGCAGAAAUAAGGUUAUUCCACUUCUUAUUUAUAUUUAAUGUGUUUGCUUUUUAUUUUCUCCUGUCUUUCUUUUUGCUCCUGCAUGAAUACAGCCAGUGAAGAUGACUUAAAUAUGCAUAGCAGUAAGGGCUUCUAUAUUACAAUACUGGUCACCGAAGAAAGCCAUCCUGUUACUGCCCUCCAGCCAGUCAUGGAGUCUCUGUCCUCACACUGCAUGGUGUCUUUCUGUAUCUAGGAGUGCACUAGACUAAUCAGACCACAGUAAACGCAUCACAGCCUGUAUUUUUUCACCAAUGUU